AUGAGCAUUAUAGAUUGGAACUACCGUGGGCUCGGGAACCUACGGAUAGGAAAAGAGCUUGAAGUAGUGAUUCGAGCAAAAGUUCCCUCCGUCGUGUUUAUAGCCGAAACGUGGGCAGAUGAAGCAAGGCUACAGCAGAUUAAACGGAACAUUGAGUUUGAUAAUUUAUUUUUUGUCGAGAGAAAUAACAGGGAUGGGGGUCUAGCACUCUUUUGGCGAAAUUCUGUUGAUUUGAGUGUUGAUUCUUUCUCACCAAACCAUAUAGACUCCAUCAUAAAUAAAGGGAAGGAAGAUGUAUGGAGGUUCAUCGGCUUUUAUGGUGAGCCAGUGACGCAUAAAAGAAUGGAAUCCUGGAAUAAUCUUCGACAACUUCAUAACAAAUUUAAUCUCCCUUGGCUGUGCGCCGAGGAUUUUAAUGAGAUCAUUAGAAGCUCUGAAAAAAUGGGAGGGAGUAGCAGAAGCCAAACUCAGAUGCAACAAUUUCGGUAUGCAAUGGAUGAGUGUGGAUUUAUCGACCUUGGUUUUUUAGGUCCCUGGUAUACAUGGCAGAAACACUUUUCUGCAGGUCACUCAAUAUGGGAGAGACUCGAUCGUGCUUUGGCUACUAACGAUUGGUUGUUGAGAUUUGCAGAGGCGUGGCUGUCUAAUCAUACAUGCUCGGAGGUCGUUGAAGCAAUCUGGGAAGCAAGGGAAGUGACCGAUCCAGCAGCUAGAGUCAUUCGGAAAAUUGACAAGUGUGGCCGAGAAUUAAAGAGAUGGGAGAGAGAUCACUUCGGCAAUAUAAGGAACACAUUGAAGGAGAAAAGAAAGGAGUUGGCUGAAGCAGAAAAAGAGGCGUUACGCAUUGAACUAAAUUUUCGAAUACAGGAACUAAAAAAGGAGAUUAUGGAUUUGGUGGACAAAGAGAACAGAUUAUGGUUUCAAAGGUCCAAGGAGCUGUACACCUCGGCCAACCAGACCCUAUGUGAUGCAGCCACAAUGUCCAUUGAAAAGAUUAUCAGCUCGGAUUUAAACAACCAGCUUGGACAGGAAUUUACUGCAUGGGAGGUUCAGAAAGCAAUAAAAGAAAUGGCCCCUCUCAAAGCCCCUGGUCUGGACGGAAUGCCUCCAUUGUUCUAUCAACAUUAUUGGAACACAAUGAAACAUGUGGGAAAGGAAGAUUAUAUGGUCAUCAAAUUAGACAUGAGCAAAGCAUAUGACAGGGUAGAAUGGUCGUAUUUGGAAUCAGUCAUGAGACGCGUGGGUUUUACUGAAAGAUGGAUUACUCUCUUGAUGCUAUGUGUCAAGAUGGUCUCUUAUUUUAUUCUAGUGAAUGGAGAGCCAAAAGGGAUGAUUUACCCCACACGAGGCGUCAAGGAGACCCUUUAUCACCUUUCCUUUUCCUACUUUGCACAGAAAGAUUAA